AUGGCCGACGACCAUAAGGUCGAAAGUGGCCUCAAUACUCACGUGGAGAAAAGGGCAGAGGAGGUUCAUCAACUAGCCAGGCAGUUCACCGAGCAGAGCACUUUCUCUACUGCCGGACAGAACCCUUUUGCUGCCGAGCCAGGAUCAGUCCUGGAUCCCAUCGGUAACAAUUUCGAUGCUUUAGCAUGGUGCAAGGCCAUGCUACAUGUUCACACCGAGGAUGAAAAGGCACAUCCACUGCGAACUCUGGGGAUCGCCUUUAACAAUCUCUACGUGCACGGGUUUGGUUCCGACACAGAUUACCAGAAAAGCGUCGGCAAUGUCUGGUUUGAAGCCCUGGCCCUGGCAAGAAAGGCGCUCGGUACUCAGAACCAGCGCAGAAUCCAGAUCCUACAGAACCUGGAGGGCACCGUGGAGGCUGGCGAGAUGCUGGUAGUUCUUGGUCCUCCUGGCUCAGGAUGCUCGACCUUCUUGAAGACCAUCGCUGGGGAGACGGAUGGCUUCCAUAUCGAUAAGGAAUCUAGUAUCAACUAUCAAGGUGUGAGCGCAAAGAAAAUGGCCCACGAAUUCCGAGGGGAAGCCAUAUAUGCUGCCGAGGUCGAUGUCCACUUCCCCAAGCUCACGGUCGGAGAUACCCUAUACUUUGCGGCGCGCGCCCGAGCACCACGGCACAUUCCCGGUGGCGUGGAUGUGGCCCAGUAUGCCAGCCACAAGCGAGAUGUGAUAAUGGCUAUACUUGGUAUCAGCCACACUAAGAAUACGAUCGUCGGAAACGACUUCAUCCGUGGUGUAUCUGGUGGUGAGCGCAAGCGAGUCAGUAUUGCCGAAGCUUGCCUCAGCAGUGCUCCCCUGCAAUGUUGGGAUAACUCCACCCGCGGCCUUGACAGCGCAAAUGCCAUUGAGUUCUGUAAGGCGCUUCGCAUGCAGGCAGAUAUCAACGGUGCCACUGUCUGUGUUUCGCUAUAUCAAGCCCCCCAAGCUGCCUACCACUAUUUCGACAAGGUGCUGGUAUUAUACGAAGGUCGCCAGAUCUUCUUCGGUCGGACAGACGCCGCGAAGCAGUACUUUUUGGACAUGGGCUUUGCCUGCCCCGAGCGACAGACCGAUGCAGACUUCUUAACAUCUAUGACUAGUCAUAUCGAGCGUGUCGUGCAGCCAGGUUACGAAGGCUGCGUGCCUCGAACACCGGAUGAGUUCGCUGCACGAUGGCGAGGCUCACACCAGCGAGCACGGGUUCUGCAAGACGUCGAAAACUACAACACAAAGUUUACGCUGAAUGGAGAAUUCCUGGGCAAGUUCAGGCAUUCUCGUCGAGCUCAACAAGCCCGGGUUCAGCGUGUAUCCUCACCUUAUACUCUAUCCUAUGCACAGCAGGUGAAUUUGUGCCUAUGGCGCGGAUACCAGCGCUUAAAAGCCGACCCCAGUGUUACAAUAUCGUCGUUGAUCGGAAAUGUCAUCACUGCUCUUGUAAUUGCCAGUAUCUUCUAUAACCUCCAGCCCAACACCAGCACCUUCUUUCAGCGCGGUGCCCUUCUCUUCUUUGCUUGUCUCAUCAAUGCCCUUGGUUGCGGUCUGGAAAUGCUGACGCUAUAUGCGCAACGCGGGAUUGUAGAGAAGCACGCGCGAUAUGCUCUCUACCACCCAUCUGCCGAAGCAAUUUCAUCAAUGAUCAUGGACUUGCCGUUCAAAGUCCUCAACGCCAUUCUAUCCCUGGUUCAAGCAUUGCCCUUUUGCGCGGUUGUCCUUCUCGGUCUAUAUUCUUAUACGGGGUUUGCAAUCCCGACAGGGUAUAUGCUCGGGUGGGCACGUUGGAUCGCAUAUAUCAAUCCUAUCAACUAUGGCUUCGAGUCUCUCCUAAUCAACGAAUUCCACGACCGUGACUUUCAGUGCGUAGCAAUUGUCCCAUCGGGUCCUAGCUACAUGGAUCUUCAUUCUAGGAACCAAGUGUGCUCUACCGUCGGAUCGGUACCCGGUCAAGCAUUUGUCAAUGGCGAUGCCUACAUUCAAUCGGCCUAUGACUACAACGUGUCGCACAAAUGGAGAAAUAUUGGAAUCAUCCUCGCCUUUAUGGUCGUUCUUGGAGCCAUCUAUCUGGUCGCCACUGACUUUAUCACCGAGAAGAAGUCCAAGGGCGAGAUCCUAGUGUUUCCCCGCGGGCAUGGGGCACUCAAGAGCGGCAAGCCUGACGAUUUUGAAGGGGGCAGUGACCGUAAUGCGUCUCAAGAGAAGUCUAAGUCCGACCGUGACGACCUUACGGUGAUCGAAAGCCAAACUGCCAUCUUCCAGUGGCAAGAUGUAUGUUUCGAUAUCAAGAUCGGCAAGGAGAGUCGCAGGAUCCUUGACCACGUUGACGGAUGGGUCAAGCCAGGAACCUUAACCGCUCUGAUGGGGGUCUCUGGUGCUGGGAAGACCACGCUUCUGGAUGUCCUAGCUACACGUACCACUUUGGGCGUGAUCAGUGGAGAAAUGCUUGUCGACGGUAAACCGCGGGAUGAAUCGUUUCAACGCAAGACUGGCUAUGCCCAGCAACAGGAUCUGCAUUUGAGCACUGCCACAGUGCGCGAGGCGCUCGAGUUCUCAGCUCUUCUUCGUCAACCAGCUCAUGUUCCUCGCCGAGAAAAGAUCAAUUAUGUCACCGAAGUCAUAAAACUGCUUGAUAUGGCAGACUAUGCUGACGCCGUUAUCGGCGUCCCUGGAGAAGGCCUUAACGUUGAACAACGGAAACGUCUCACAAUCGGGGUAGAGCUUGCGGCGAGACCAGCCCUCCUUCUUUUCUUGGAUGAGCCCACGUCGGGGCUCGAUUCCCAGACAUCCUGGGCUAUCCUCGAUCUCCUCAAUAAAUUGAGGAAGAACGGCCAAGCGAUUUUGUGUACCAUUCAUCAGCCGUCUGCUAUGCUGUUCCAGCGGUUUGACCGUCUCCUCUUCCUUCAAGCCGGGGGCCAGACCGUAUACUUUGGAGACAUUGGCCAGAACUCGCAGAUUCUGAUUGAUUACUUUGUGCGCAAUGGGGGCCCUCCCUGUCCCCCAGCCGCAAAUCCCGCUGAAUGGAUGCUCGAUGUGAUCGGCGCCGCCCCUGGUUCCCACACGGACAUCGACUGGUUCGAGACAUGGCGUAAUUCCCCGGAAUACGCACAAGUCCAAGCACACCUCAGCUCACUGAAGCUCGAACACGCCCAGCAGAACCCACUGGCCCGCGUCAGCCCCGGCACCGAGCGCGAGGACCGAGCCAGCUAUCGCGAGUUCGCUGCCCCUUUCUGCGCCCAGCUCCGCGAAGUGCAGAUCCGAGUCUUCCAGCAAUUCUGGCGCUCCCCCAUCUACAUCUACUCCAAGGCAAUUCUGUGUGUCUUGCCCGCUCUCUUCGUCGGCUUCUCUCUCUUCAACACCCCCAACACCAUCCAGGGCUUGCAGAACCAAAUGUUCAGCAUCUUCCUGUUACUCAUCCAGUUCGGACAACUCAUCCAACAAAUAAUGCCGCAUUUCGUCACGCAGCGGGCAUUAUACGAAGUCCGCGAGCGGCCGUCCAAGACCUACUCGUGGACGGUCUUCAUGCUCAGCAACAUCGGCGUUGAACUGUUCUGGAACUCGCUCAUGUCCAUCCUCAUGUUCCUGUGCUGGUACUACCCAAUCGGGAUGUAUCGCAACGCCGAACCGUCCGACACGGUCCACCUGCGGGGCGCGCAGAUGUGGCUGCUGAUCUGGACUUUCUUGCUGUUCUCGUCGACCUUUGCCCAUUUCAUGAUCGCGGCGCUCGACGCCGCGGAGAACGCCGGCAACCUGGGCAGCUUUCUGUUGUUGCUCUGCCUGCUCUUCUGCGGGGUGCUCGCGACGCCCGCCCAGCUGCCCGGGUUCUGGAUCUUCAUGUACCGCGUCUCCCCGUUCACCUACCUGGUGAGCGGGAUGCUGGCCGUGGGGAUUGCCGACACGACCGUCACCUGCGCCGACAACGAGUAUCUGCGUUUUGACCCUGUUAAUGAUACGACCUGCGGCCAGUACCUGGCGCCGUACAUCGCGCAGGCGGGCGGGUAUCUGCAUGACGAGACUGCGACGGCGGCCUGCCGGUUUUGCCCGGUCGCGGACACGAAUGCGUAUCUGCGCGGGGUCGGCGCGAGCUACGCCGAUGUGUGGAGGAACUUCGGGCUCAUGUGGGUGUUUAUCUUCACGAAUAUCGUGGCUGCGUGUCUGCUGUACUGGUGGACGAGGGUGCCGAGGGUGAAGAAACCGGUCGUGGCUCCUCAAGCUUGA